AAACCAUGAUGAAAAAUUCUUAUCAAUCCGUCUGCAGUUUCUGAUUAUGAUCAUAAUUAAUUUAAAAACAGUGUAGAAUAUUUCAUUUAUAUCCACUAAAAUGAAGAAAUAGGCUUUGCGUUGCUCAAUACUUUCGCACAGUAGAUAUAUCCCAAGCAGCAUUACCUGAAGAUCUCAAAAAUGCGAAAGUCUGGAGCACCCUCUCGAAACUCUGCCACAGGAUCGCAAGCUCCACCUGGGCCGUUUGGACGAAAUUUUUCAGAAAAGAAUAUUUCAGGAGCUGCUCGAUCAAGAGAAAGCGUUCUGAGUCUAUUGUCUGAUUCACAAGACUCGGAUACUGAUUUUUCCUUCUCAACUUCACCAUUUUCCGAUAAGGCUAAAAAAGCCCAAGACAGUCCUUGCGCACCAAGUCCAAACUCAACUCAAGGAACAGAAAAGCUGUAUGAAGUCGUUUUUGGGAAGCCAAGCACAAAAAAACACAAAACUUGGGAUGGUGAUGGCACAUUGCUUGUCAAUGUGGAAAAAAAUACAGCAACUUUGAAGGACAGUAAUGGUAAAGUCCUAGGCCAAAUAAGCAAAUUCAAACUUGAUGAGUUGGAAAGUGGUAAUUUCUUGAACAUCGGUGGUAAGGUUGUUGAUGUCGUUGGUCUUCUGAGUGAAAAUACAUGUCAGCCUGUAAAGCAGAAUCCGUCAAAAAGGAGCGCCGGAAAUCUGUAUAAUCCUCCUCUCUCAAAAAAACCCUGUCAAGUCCAAUUGUCAAGGACGACAAGUCUGGUCAAGCCAAAACAGAGGCUCAAUGACCAUGGAACAUCUGAAACAGAGGAUCUAUUUGCCGGAUCAUCUGUGUCAUCAACAACAGGGAACAAUUUUUGCUCUAAGCCAAAAAUUUUUGCUGAGCAGUCUAACCCAGCUUUCUUGGAUAGUGAUUUCGAAAAUGAUGCUGAAAAUUGUAAUUCGACCAACAUCAAUUCGUCCAGCAGUUAUCACCAUCAAGAAUCAAGCAAAACAGCCAAUAAUACAAGAAUUUAUGAAGUUGUCUUUGGAAGACCAAGCACAAAGAAGCACAAAACCUGGGAUGGCGAUGGAACGCUGCUGAUCGACCUAGACGAGAAACUAGCAACUUUGAAGGAUGAUAAAGGCAAAAUCCUAGGGACCAAAGCAAAUUUCAAGAUGGAGAUGCUGGAAGAGGAAGAAUAUUUUAGUAUCGGAGGGAAAGUCGUUGAUGUUUUGGGUCCGAUUAACAGUGUUUCAUCCUCCAAAACUCAAAAUCUGCACGAAUCAUCGGAAACUACCUUUCCAAAAAUAAAUCCAAUGACCAGGAAACACUUCAAGCCUCCCAGUUCCUUUGAACCUCCAAAGACGGUUAAAACAGAAGUAAAGCCUCUUAAUACAGAAAUUGUAAACAGUGCUCCAAAGCCAAGCCUCUUUACGACUUUCAAAAGCUCCUGUGUCGAACCCUCAUCAAGUGGAAAUCUAUCAACUCUAACCACUCCUCUAAUUUCUUGUGCACCCUCUCUUGCCCACCAAAAAAAUGAAGUCACCCGCAAGCGAUCAGUGCAAGAUGUUCUAGCUUUACUUUCAACUCCAACAGAAUCUGAAGACUUGAGCCUUACUCCAGACUUUUUGCCUUCCAAUGACUCUCAAAGCAAUGAAUGCAAUACGGCAAACCCAUCAAAUAAUUUUAGAAAAUUUAAUGUUAUGAUGGCGAAAGUCUCGACAAAGAAGAAUAAAACAUGGGAGGAAGAUGGCAUCCUUGAGUUCAAUGUAGAAACUAAAGUAGGAGAGCUCAAGAAAACCAAUGGUAUGGUGCUAGGGCGAUCAAAAAUUGAUUCCGUCGAAAGUGGAAGUCGUUUCGUCAUCGCAUCCAAAGAAGUGGAGAUUUUACAAGAGGUCAGUGAUUCAGCAGAGAAAUCGCCGGAGUGGAAGACCCGCAGCUACCCAAAAGUUGUCGCUUCUACAGCAAAGAGGUGCGUGCCACUCUUCAGUCGUGGGAAGUCUGCCAUCAGCAUGCAGAAUUUGAAACCUUUGGUGUUACCAAAACCAUCGUAUGAACAUCAGUGGAAAUUUAAUGAAAAUCACAGGCCCGUGGUUGACGUUUCAAUUGAAGCAUUCUUACUCCGAGUGCUUCGUGAUCAUCAAAGAGAAGGUGUCAAAUUUUUAUUCAGCUGUGUCUCUGGAGUGAGAGAUAUCAACUACUUUGGAGCCAUUCUUGCAGAUGAAAUGGGCCUUGGGAAGACUCUUCAAUCCAUCACAGUAAUCUGGACGAUGCUCAGACAAAACUUUUAUCAAGGAGAGCCGCUGUGUAAAAGGGUUCUAAUUGUCACACCGAGUAGUUUAACCAAAAAUUGGCAGAAUGAAUUCAUACGAUGGCUAGGCAGUCACCGAAUCAAAGUCUUUGUUGUUGACCAAAAGAACAAAGCCCGUGAUUAUUGCAAGUUACCAGCAAACAGAAACCCUGUUCUAAUAAUAUCCUACGAGAUGUACGUUAAAUCGGCUGAAGACUUAAGUGAGAUCAAGUUUGAUCUUCUCAUAUGCGAUGAAGGACACCGAUUGAAAAAUACAAAUAUCAAAGUUGCAACAUGCUUGAAUAAGCUUGAUUGCUCGAGGCGAAUUUUAUUGACAGGAACUCCGAUCCAAAAUGAUCUUCAAGAAUUUUAUGCUUUAGUCAAUUUUGUCAAUCCUGGAAUACUAGGUUCACCACUAGAAUUUAAGCGACAGUAUGCAGACCCUAUCACAUUUUCUCGUCAACCAGGCAUAGACCAGGAUGCUCAACAGCUAGGUGAAGAGAGAGCUGCAGAACUGAAUGAAUUAAGCAGUGGUUUCAUUCUCCGGAGAACACAGGAUGUAAAUGACAAAUAUUUGCCGAAUAAACAUGAAAUGAUUAUAUUUUGUUCCUCAACUAAACUUCAGCAAGAUCUUUAUGAAGCCACCGUUCAAUACUGGGAAGAUCGGAACUUAGCUGCGCCUGGCUCUGACUCAGGUAUAAAGCAUUUAUCGGUCAUCACAGCCCUGAAGAAAAUAUGUAAUCAUCCAUUCUUGCUGAAACGGAAAGAAUCUGAGGAUUUUUAUUUUCAAGAGGAAUCUUUGAAAAAUUUCCUCAAUAAUAUGUUACCCGAAGAGGAAACGGAAUCGGAGACACCUUUGACUCAAUAUUCCUCCAAAUUCCUUGUCAUAGACAACCUUCUUGCAGAAUUAAGAGCAACCUCUAAGGAAAGAAUCGUCCUGGUCUCAUAUUCUACUCAAACUCUGGACUUGCUGGCUACUCUUUGUGAUAGAAACCGGUAUAAGUAUUUGCGGUUAGAUGGUACAACCCCAGCAGCUCAGAGAAUCCCAAUAGUGGAUAGAUUCAACUCAGACAAGGAUCACUUUGUCUUUCUGCUCAGUGCAAAAGCUGGGGGUGUAGGAUUAAAUCUAGUCGGAGCCUCAAGAUUAGUUCUUUUUGACUCUGACUGGAAUCCUGCAACAGACUUGCAAGCAAUGUCUCGAAUUUGGAGAGACGGUCAGAAGAAAUCCGUUUUCAUCUAUAGGCUUUUCUCCGCGGGCACUAUCGAAGAAAAGAUCUUGCAAAGACAGAUCAGCAAAACUGGAAUUAGUUCCGCUGUUGUAGACCCGAAGAAUAAUUCUCACGUUCGAUUGUCAAUUGAAGAGUUAAAAGAUUUAUUCCGCUAUGAGCCAGAUUGUUUGAGCAGCACCCAUGAUAUGCUCAAUUGCACUUGCUCUGGUUCAGGGAGCGUCCCUGAUGUUGAAGAGGCAGAAGAAGAAGGAGAUGAUAUGUUCAUGAGAAACGACCGAGACUGCCAAAUCUCCCUCGAUGACGAGGAGUGCUCUACAACCUCCAACGUUCUCAGGAUGAAUCAGUUAAUGCAAUGGGAACACUAUGCCAAAACUAUUGAUGCAGAUUUCUUGCAGAUGCUGUGUCUCUCAUCAUCGGACGAAUUUUUAACUUUCAUUUUCCACAACAAAACAACAACAGAGGUUGGCUCUCAGUAGCACCAUAGCAUUCUGUUUGGGCUGUGGCUGUGAGAAUCGAGCUUUGAUUCAGAUUUUUUUCCCUUUAUUUGAAAUUUCUUUUUCAAAUGAAAUCUAGCAUCCAUUUACACAAAUUUACUGCAUAAGAAAUGAAAUUUAUCCUGUUCAUUUUUUUAUUAUGCAGAAUUUUUAUUAUGCAGUUUUAUGUACAGAAUUAAUCGCUCUCUUGGUGUGAGCUUAAUAUUUUUUUUAAAUGCUGCCCUCUUCAAUUAUUUAAGCCAGUAAGCUUUUGCCGUUUUGAGACCGUCAGGUGGGAAAAAAGAAUCGUUUAUUUAAGGUGGCUGUGAUACGUACAUUAAUUCAAUUUCCGUGCUACAAAAAAUUGUGCCUAGCUAUAGUAUGUUCUCUUUUUGUGUUCAAGUUUUCAAAUUAAGUUUGUUUUGUCUUUAAGUUUUAACCCUAAAAUUUUGAGUGAAAGUGCUGUCUCUAAGGUAAUUGACCACAUCAUUCAAUAACUCAAGUGAAACGUCUGUUGAUGUUUAUUGAGUUCUUUUAGUAAAAUUCUCAAAAUAUUAAUUACGUUUACAUAAUUUUUUUUUUUUUUUAUUUGAAAGCUUCUUUGAUUUUCUGUAAUGUGCAAACUUACUUUUGUUAUUUUCAUUUUUC